CACAUCCCGCCAAUCAACACAAGGCUGGGUGGUGAAUUUGACGAGUGAGUACGGUUUGUUCUCAACGCAAAAACCAGCCGUGUCCUUCGUUUUCAGAAGAAGUGACCCACAAACCGAGUUUCAGGGGACGUGGUCACGGUCGCCGUCACACUUUAGCUUGAAUUUGUGUGUUUUUAAAAACAUUUGAGGUGGCCUGGAACUGCGGUCAAACCGGUUGGAUAGCUAACGUUGUCGAGCAAACAAGACAACUGCGGAGCUUAUUUCUGUGUCCGUAUCUACGUGGAUAACGUUAACAACAAAAGGGAAAAUGUCCGGAGAGCCAAUUCUUAUAACGCUGGAAACGGCCACGGGGGCCCAUAGUUCAUUCCCGGUGGUUUUGAAGAAAAUAAUGGAAAUGCCUCCGCCGAAUAUACUGGACGGUGAUGAUGAAACCGACAAGGAAAAGUUGUGUCUGGGAGAUAAUGCUGACCUGGGCAGUGGAGGUAGCGAUAUGGGUCCUUCAGCCGCCCUGACACCCGCUAUCUGGGAGAAAACCAUUCCCUAUGAUGGUGAAAAUUUCCACCUGGAGUACAUGGACCUGGAGGAGUUCCUCAUGGAGAACGGCAUCCCCUCCUUGCCUGAUGAGGACUCCCAAGAGGGCAGCCCAGAAGGAAGCUCCAAGAAGGCGGUGGAAUUAAAGGCUGCACAGAAGAAAGUUAACCAAUCAGCAAGCAUGUCCCCCCUGACCCUGCUGCCCAGUCAGGAACUGGAAAAGUGCAAGGAGGAAGUUCUGAUUGUCACCAAGAGUGACUCGGAAAUCACCUGUGAGGUUACUACAGAGGUGACCACUGAGAACGACAGAGCGACGCCUGAGCCCAUUGACCCCAAUGAGAUUGAAGUCGAUGUCAACUACGAGCCGGAUCCCACCGACCUGGUUCUGUCCAGUGUGCCUGGGGGUGAGCUGUUUGACCCCCGCAAGCACAAGUUCUCUGAGGAUGAGCUCAAGCCACAGCCUAUGAUCAAAAAGGCCAAGAAGGUGUUUGUGCCUGAAGAACAGAAGGAUGAUAAGUACUGGGAGAGAAGGAAGAAGAACAACGUGGCUGCCAAACGUUCGCGUGACGCCCGCAGGUUAAAGGAGAAUCAGAUCACCGUCCGAGCAGCCUUCCUGGAGCGUGAGAAUGCAGCGCUGCGGACGGAGGUCGCCGAGCUACGGAAGGAGUGUGGCCGCUUCAAAAACUUCGUGGGACGUUAUGAAGCCAAAUUUGGACCACUUGAUGUGCCAGAAGACCAAUAGACAGCAAUUGAUUUAUUCAUUUAUUUUUCUGAUGAAUAAAUAAAUCAAACCAGUGGGGAUGGUAUCUGAGAACGGAGUCGAUCAGAUGAAGAAGAGGAGAGCAUGCGUGAAGGCGUGACUUAUGUUUCCAUGGAGAUGCAAUGGCGUGUAAAGACCCGAUAUCUGGUUACUUUUACUUCUGGUUGGGUUUUUUUUAAUGAAUUCUAUUUACCAUCCAUGUGAGUGAGAUGGGUGUGAGAGGAUAUUCAAGUGCUUCUUCAGUGCACCUCCUUUAUGAAGUGUACUUUUAUAAUGUUUUGUAUGCUUUUGGCCGAAUGAGAUCAUUUGUGAUGUUUAUCUUGGAGAAACUAUGGGUUCUAAGUUCAUUUUUUAAAAGGGGAUAAGUGAUACAUUGGUAGCAGUUUCAAUAGGUUAGACUAGAUUGUUAGUCAUUAUAAUAGUAUUAUAGAAAUAAACUGAUUUGCAGGUUGCUGUCAGUUCUUUCUGGCAUUUUAUUGGAAUUCUGGAGCCCAUAUGUUUUUUUUUUCCCCCAAAUUUAUAUUAUGUGGCUGGGCUUGUCUUUGCCUACAGAAACUUUUAACUGUGACAUUUCCAAUAAUUUGAGCUUCUUCAGGGGAUUGCAGUGGCGUGGCAAAAGAGCCACCAUGUUCACUUCUUUUCGUGUACAAUACUUAUUACCAGCAGGGCAGAGCUGUACAUAAACGCUCUGCUCUUCAUGUUUCAGUGUAUGUCUCACUGUUGCUCUUGUGCUGUUUUUGUCUCUGAGUAAAGACGCCUGCUUUGCCCUCUGCAGGAGGUCAGUGUUGACCGUCCAUUUAUGUCCUAACGCCUCAGAAGUGUCGUGUGUCGAAUACACUCAUGCAUGUGUUGUAAAUACUUGUAGCUUGACAUCUAAAUUCACAUCGAGUGCAAUUCAUUUUUUUCUUUUUUUUUUUUUUUGAAAGCCUGUUCAGUUUUGGUUAGAUAUCCAGCAACGGAAUUGUAAAUUUCUUAAAGGGUAAGAGCUUAAAUUAUCUCCCUAAUGAGCUGACAUUUGCCUUCAUGAUCACUGAAUGUUUAAUGUCUCAAUAUCUGUGUUUAAAACGGGCUCAGUAUGUUGCUCGAACAGUCGCUAAACUAGGUAUGAGGAGUAUGGUGCAAUUGUGUUGUGUAUGUAGAGUUUUUAGGGUGAUGGUGGACUUAUUUCUCAGACUCUACAACCAGCUUUUCUUAUUCAUUUGUGUCUGUUUUUCUGAGGCUUUUUUUUUUUCUUUUUUCUUUCUUUUUUUUUUUUUUGUUUGACAAACCAGGAAGCCUCAGUAUGUGCAGACUGUAUCGGGUGUCUCUUUAUCAACAAGAAACUCCCAGAACCCUUAAAGCCAUUUCAAUGCAGUGCACAGUCUGCCAGUUUGUAAGAGGCAUAUUGUGUAAAAUAGCAAUUUAAAAUAGUGACUUAAACCCAGGAUUACCUUGCUGUCCAAUUCUGACAAGAAAGGGAAACUGCUAUUUGGGUUUUUUUUGUUUAUUUGUUUGUUUUCACUUGCUGUGCUUCCAUCUAUAGAUAUAACUUUUUAUCAAAAUAAAUUAUAAUAUUAAAGAGUUUUUUAGGGAAAGGUUUUCCAUGUGUAAAGAAUGCCAUUCACGAAGAAAAUGCUCAAAGUUUAAACUAAAAUAGAUUCUUUCUUUUUUUUUAAUCUUACAACCAGACAAAUUUAAUUUGGGAGUAAAAUUUGUCCUCAGUUGUUUUUGUGGAAACUGUUACUCCCAGCAUCACUGAUGUGGUUCAGAAGGAGUCGUGUUCUUUAUCAUAAGGUCUUUUGAAGCCUAAUUUUUAGAUUUAAAUUCUGAAUAUGAGUCUGAUAUUAAUGAUAAUGAGCUUCCUGACUUGUUUUAAUAAUUUUUUUUAAAGCUUUCUGCCAUGACAGAUUGCAUCAGCCUUCUAUCUUGAAUAGGUCAAUUUUGAAUCUUUGAGGAGUUGUUUUUUAACCUUCCUGGGUCCGUCUUUGUAUUUCUUUGUAAAGAAACAACUUGGUAUUUUGAGUGUGGCUGCUUUUUUUGUCUUGUAUAUACAAUAUGUAUAAAUAAAGCCUUGUUGAUUAAGUCUA